AAUCGAUGGAGCUUGCAGGUUUUGAUCUUCGCGGUUGGGAAUAUAAUGGUGAUGUUUCCACAGAGAGUAUCACUCCGGUUUUAGGCAUUAUGUGGGAUAAGAAACGAGAUGUAUUAUCUUUAAAUGUUGAAAAUUUAGAAAAUUUAGAUUUACAGAAAAUAACUAAAAGAGAUAUUUUGUCUUGCGUACAUCGUAUUUUUGAUCCGUUGGGUUUUGUUUGUCCCGUAACACUUGGUCCGCGGAUAUUAUUGCAAGAAGUAUGGGCAAGAAAUCUCACGUGGGAUGACGACGUCGGUACUGAAAUUAAAACUCGCUUUAUAAAAUGGUACGAGGGAAUUAUUGAAUUAAAUAAAGUAGAGAUACCGCGUUGUCUCAUCGGAGGAACGGAUUCGCACGAUGAAAUUAGUUUGCAUACAUUUUGCGAUGCAAGUAAAUCGGCAUACGCGGCUGUUAUUUUUAUUCGCAUAAAAGAUAGUGAAGGAGUCAAAGUUAGAUUCGUACAAGCUAAAUCGCGAGUUUCUCCUAUGAAAAGUAAGGAAAAUGUACGUAAUAGUAUACCACGUUUAGAAUUAUUGGCGGCAAACGUUGGAGCGAGAUUGGCUGACGCUACGACAAGAAUGUUAAAUACAAAAUUUGUAAAUCUUCAUUUUUGGUCAGAUUCAUCGACGGUAAUAGCGUGGAUACAUCGUGAACACAACUGGAGUACAUUUGUUCAUAAUCGUGUAAAAGAAAUCCGCGAAAUCUCAGAUCCUAAAUCUUGGCGGCAUGUUCCGGGUAAUUUGAAUCCCGCUGACCUUCCUUCGAGAGGGUGUACUGUAGAGCGUUUAUUAUCAUCGCAUUGGUGGGAUGGGCCGGAAUGGUUAUAUAGAGAUUCUGAGGAUUGGCCGAAUAGUAACGUCGAUCUAUUGUAUAAUGAGGAAGAAAUACAAUCUGAAUUGAAAAAGAGUGCAAAGCAUGGCAACAGUAGUUGUUUAGUUGCAAUAUCAGCUGAGCCUAAAUUAUUAAAAGUUUUGGAAAAGUUUUCGAAUUAUUCUAAGGUUUUACGUAUAGUUGCAUGGAUAAAAAGAUUUAUAAACAAUUGUAGGAAUAGUUCAGGUAAAUUACAUGAAGACAGUCUAGGCUGUGCGGAAAUUAUGGCCGCAGAGAAAAGCGUAUUAAAAAUGUGCCAAGAAAAUUUAACAGAUUUUGAGAAUAGAACCAAUAAACAGUUUAUGUUAUUUACGGAUGAAGAUGGUUUAGUUCGCGUAAAAACAAAAAUUGUACUCAGAGAAGAUUCGUUUAAUUUCAAGUGUCCAUAUAUUCUACCCAAUAAUAUUAGUAUCAUUACUUUGAUUGUAAGAGACAAACAUGAGAAUUUAAAUCAUGCUGGUGUACAGAUUACAUUAAAUUCAUUAAGAGAGAAGUACUGGAUAUUAGGGGGUAGGCGAAUAAUUAGAUCCGUAAUUAGAAAAUGUGUAGUAUGUCGUCGUUAUGAGGCCCAGCCUUUAAAAUCGGUUCCGGCACCACUACCAUUAAAUCGCGUUAGGGACGCGGCGAUAUUUGAGGUGAUUGGUAUAGACUUUGCCGGGCCAGUAUAUCUCGAAAGCGCGAAAAAGGCUUGGAUAUGCAUUUUCACAUGUGCAGUUUUUAGAGCUGUGCACUUGGAGUUAGUAAAUUCAUUAAAUGUAGCGGCAGUACUCAUGGCACUUAGACGAUUUAUAGCUAGAAGGGGCAGGCCCAGCAUUAUCUACAGCGAUAACGGUACAAAUUUCAAGGGGCUUAAUAACGAAUUAACCAAAUUAGACUACAAAAAGUUAGGAAGUACCGUUGCACUACAAAAAAUAGAAUGGCGAUUUAAUCCUCCCACUGCGGCGUGGUGGGGAGGAUUUUGGGAGCGCCUUAUAGGAAUUCUGAAAAAAUUAUUACGUCGGACCCUUAGAAGAACAAGUCUGGAUUAUGAGGAAAUGUCAACUGUUUUAGUCGAUUGUGAGGCUAUAAUUAAUUCAAGACCGAUAACAUUUAUGUCAGAUGUUGAGACUGAGUUCAAACCAUUGGCUCCAUCGGAUUUCUUACAGGAAAUAAAAGAGAUAGGGGUUUUGGACUUAGAUAUUAUUGAAACAAAUAAAAUAAAUAAAAGGUUUUUCCGUUAGAAUUAAAUUAUGACAGUGUUAACAAUUGCGUGAAAAACUCUGUGCAAGAGGAACAAGACAUAUCGGAAAAUAAAGUCCAAUGUAUCAAAUCAAUUGAAGGUAAUAAAGAGAAUCCAGUUGAAUGUAAAGAACCCUAUGUAACUAAGACUGGCAGAAAGGUUAAGAAAGUCGAACGAUUAAUGUAUUUUAAUUAGUCACUAGUGUUAGUUACGUUUAUUAUUAAUGUUUUUUUGUUUUUUGAGAUAAAUAAUGCGUUUUAUCUCAAGGUGGGGAGGAUGUUGAAUUUGUAAGGAUUUAGUUGUUUUUUUUGCAUGUUUUGUCAUGUCUGUUUGAUACGAGCGGUGUCUAGCUCAAAGGCAAGUGCCGCGCUGGGGGCUGCGAUGUCUUGCACAACAGCAUUUGUGUUUUUGAUUUGUUUAGUCUACCUAUCGUGGUGGAAAUAAGAAUAAGUAAAAUUUGCUAUGUUUAGUUUAGUCAGUAAUAGAUAGUAGUAAGCACAACAUGUAUUGAAGUAGUCUUGUUUUCCGCAUUUUAAAAUAUAAAAGUUAAUUCUC